AUGAAAAUCGAUGCCCAAAUUCACAAGGUUGGUUGGUAUGCUGUGCACGACACUUUCAGUGUCUUCCACAUAGGACCUUAUCAUCUGAAUCGCCUACGGGAACUCGCCAAGGAGAUGAUCAAGGAACAGGUAGAGACAGCACCUGCUGAGCUUGUGCAGCCAGCAGAUGGUAGGCCGCGGUAUGGAUUAAUUCGCGAGAUAUGGUUGCUGCGCGUGGCAGAGAUACUGGGGUGGCAGUUGGUGGAACACGUUCCUGGUACGCCUGCAUGGUAUGAAUUGGAGCUGCCUGACCAGUCUAGAUGGAGGUGGAAGGCAUGGGGAGCUUCAGAUGAGGCUGAGUAA